AAAAAGAUUGAGAUAGUUUCUAUGGAGUUCAUUAGACCUCUUUCUCCCACUCCCAAUCACCUUAGAUGUUUUGAAUACUCUUUUUUGGAUCAAAUGGCAAUAUCACUAUAUGCUCCCAUAGCUCUAUUUUAUCCUCCUCCUCCAAAUGUUGUUGAUGCAUCCUAUUCCUAUGAGCAAGCAAGGGUAAUCAAUUCGUCGAGAUUAUUCGUUCUGAAGAAAUCUCUGUCUGAAACUCUUGCUCGUUAUUACCCUUUUGCUGGUCGAAUCAAGGGCAUCUCAAUAGAAUGUAACGAUGAAGGAGCGCCUUUUUACGAGGCAUUUGCUCAUAAUUAUGAGUUCGAAAACGUUCUUAGAAAUCUUGAUGUAACCAAAGAUUUCCUCCCUAAUACUGUUGUGGAAAGUGGCUCUACAGUAUUUCAUAAUUCAACUUUAUAUCCCUUGCUUGUCCAAGUCACACUUUUCAAAUGUGGAGGUAUGGCUAUUUGUAUGUGUGCUUUUCAUAAAAUUGCUGACGGGGCCACAUUGUAUGGCCUCGCCAAUGCAUGGGCAACAACUGCCCGAGGUAGCUGCAAUGAAUUACCUGAAUUCGUUGCAGUUUCCAAAUUCUUACCACCACCUAUUCCGUAUGUUUCAAACGAACCAACUUUGCAGUCUCAGUUUGCCAAUUUCUUUUGUAAUGAACAACGUGUUUCUAAAUUGUUUACCUUCGAUGCUUCUACUAUAGCAUUGCUCAGGGAUAAGGCUGUGAGCGAUGAUGUACCCGUGCCCACACGGGUUGAAGCUGUAUCAGCUCUAAUUUGGAAAUGUGUCAUAAGAUCUAAUUCAGGUCCAUCAAAGUUGGCGAACCUAGUAAAUAUAAGAAGGCGAUUCGUCCCGCCAUUGCCAGACCAUUGUGUAGGAAAUGCCGUUGCAGUUGCCAUAGCAUGUAAAGGUGAAAACAAUGGGUCAGACUUGGCCACAUUGGUCUAUUGUAUAAGAAAAUCGUUGUCUCAACUGGGUUCCAAAUAUGUGGAUAAAAAAAGUCAAGAUGAAACGAUUUUCGCCAUUCCUCAUGACUUCAUGGAGCUAAUGGAAGGGCAAAUUCGAGGGGAGAUCGCGUUACAAGUUAGUAGCUUGUGUGGCUAUGGAUCAUACGCUGAUUUUGGUUGGGGAAAACCAUCAUGGGUAAGUUCAAAUCCAAGGAUAACGACAAAUACUCUUCGAUUGAUUGAUUCAGUGGAUUGUGGUGGAAUAGAUGCGCGAAUAUGCUUGAAAGAUAAAGAGAUUAUGUUAAAUUUUCAGCAAGAAUUAGAGCUGCAGCUGGCUUUGCAUUUGUAUUAGUUGAUAUUGAUACUAUACUGUUGUUGUUUAUGCAUGUGGGUACUUCUCUUUUUCACUAUCCGUUCAGUUGAAGAUCUAUUGAAAACAACUUCUCUACCUUUUCAAAGAUAGGAACAACAUCUGUAUACGCCGAGCUUUUUUGUUGUUUUUCAAAAGGGCUCACAAUUUGGCAA